AUGCCGCUCCAAUGCGAUGACAAUCGAGCCUCACUGCACGCUACAUCGUCCAGUGUAAAUCUCAAUUUUCCAUUUGAGGUUAAAUCCAACCCGAGUCGCCGCCUCGGCGCUCGCGACUUGACAAGGAAUUUACAUUUUCGCAUCAGUGUUCCGCAUAUCAUCAAUCUGGCAAUCAGCGCUAAGCGCUCCAGCCCCGCGUGGGGACUUGGUCAGCUGGAGGCCAGAGAUCCCAAACGUAGGCAUGAGUUUGAUUCCUACGCAAACACUGAUCGCCACCCACGCAAAGAAAAGAUGUCGAAUUCCGAGUUGUCGCCUAUCCCGACUACGAUGCGGCAGCGCGUCAUUGACUAUAUAACCCAACUCCAGAACGACAUCGUCAGUGCUCUUGAGGAUGCCUCAGUCUCUCCGUGUCAGUUCAAACGCGAUACCUGGUCACGUCCGCAAGGCGGUGGUGGCAUCUCGCGCACACAUGCCUCUUCCGGAGAUGAUGCCACCUACGAAAAAGCCGGCGUCAAUAUCUCCAUGAUCCACGGCACACUCCCCCCAGCUGCGAUCAAGCAAAUGAGCAGUGAACAUUCAUCCCUGAAUGUCAAUACUACGACUGCCCUUCCCUUCUUUGCUGGCGGCAUCAGCUUAAUCGUACAUCCGCGCAAUCCGAAUGCACCAAGUGCGCACGCAAACUACAGGUACUUUGAGGUAAUGGAUUCCACAGAGAAGGAUGCAAAGGUUGUCGGGUGGUGGUUCGGUGGCAUCACAGAUCUCACGCCAUCAUACCUGUUCGAGGAGGAUGCGAAGGAGUUCCAUGAGACGCUGAAGGCGGUUUGCGACGCCUAUGGGACAGCCCUGUAUCCCAAGUUCAAGCAGUCUUGCGACGAUCAUUUCUUUAUUCCCCAUCGCAAGGAGUAUCGUGGUAUUGGAGGGAUCAGAUUUGAUGACCUAAACGACGAGAUGAACACUAUUCUAGGCUCGGUAGAUGGGGAAGCCCGCCCCCGCACAGCAGAUGACAUAUUCGCAUUCGUACGUGCUCUCGGAGAUGUAUUCACCUCCUCCUAUAUGAGCAUUCUCAAUCGCCGGAAAAUCAUGCCUUCAGAUGAACGCAUGCGCCGUUGGCAGCUUCUCCGACGUGGGCGAUAUGUUGAAUUUAACCUCGUUUGUGAGAGGGGAAUUAAAUUUGGAUUAGCUGCACCCGGAGUCAAUGUGGAGAACGUGCUGAUGGGAAUGCCAGAAAUGGCAAGAUGGGAGUAUAUGUCAGAUAUGUUUGAAGAAAGUGGUUCGGCCGAAGGAAAGAUGAUGGAGGUGCUCAGGUCCCCGAAGUCUUGGGUCCGGGAUUGCUAG